AGGAACAUAGGAGUCAAUACGGGGUAAGCAUCUGAAGGACCUGUACUGGGCACAGAGGUAGACAGGGCAGCCAGUGGCUUCUGUUCUCAGCAGCCCUAGGCCCCACCUGUAUCUGUCCUUCACUUCCCAACUCAAUGCCCUCCUUCACCGUUUUUCUCUCCUGCUGCUUCCAGGAGCACCAGUGGCCCCAAAACUCCCCUUCCCUCUCAGUCAACAGCAGGUUCCAUUACCAUCACCAUUGCCAUUAUCCAGCACCCACAACGUGUUGGUGCUGCUGAGGGAUGGGGCAGCAAGAUGUAGGACCUGGCAGCCUCUCCAGUCCCACAGGCAAGGGGCGGGGGCCGUGGGCCAGUUGCUGUAAGUGAGGCUGGCCCAGCUGUGUGCAGAACAGCAGACCCAGGGGCAGGAGUCUGGCCUGUGCCAAGAUACCACGAGGGCCAUCUCACUUGUCACCCCACCCCCUGAUGCCAUCAGUCCUCUUGCUUUCUGCCCUUGGUGUGACCUCACAGGGAGGGGCCCACACGCUCACGUAGUCACUCCCUCCAACCCACACUUAGUAGGUCUCAUUACGCUACUGGUGAUGAUUCAUUCUUGGCCAUGAACUCUGGUUUUCCCGAGCUAUGGAUGCUGUAAGAUUGCAGAGCUCUCUGCAGACUGGGGCCUGAAAGUCCCCAGUUCGGAGGAACCCCGGGGAGUGCUCCAGGCCACCAGUCACACCAGAGAGAUGAGAAGGGGAGAGAGCCUACAAAAAUGGACGUGGGUAGCAAAGAGGUCUUGAUGGAAAGUCCACCGGAUUACUCAGCAGGUCCCAGGAGCCAGUUCCGCAUCCCCUGUUGCCCCGUGCAUCUCAAACGCCUUCUCAUUGUGGUUGUGGUGGUGGUCCUUGUUGUCGUGGUGAUUGUAGGGGCCCUGCUUAUGGGCCUUCACAUGAGUCAGAAACAUACCGAAAUGGUCCUUGAGAUGAGCAUUGGCGCACCGGAAGCGCAGAAGCGCCUAGCCCUGAGUGAGCACAUGGACACCAUUGCCACCUUCUCCGUUGGUCCCACUGGCAUUGUUGUGUAUGACUACCAGCGGCUCGUGACUGCCUAUAAGCCAGCUCCGGGAACCUACUGCUACAUCAUGAAGAUGGCUCCAGAGAGCAUCCCCAGUCUCGAGGCGUUUACUAGAAAAUUCCAGAACUUCCAGGCAAAGCCCUCAGCAACCACCUCGAAGCUGGAUGGGGAGGAAGGGCGUGAUACAGGUUCCGAGACUUCCGGGAGAGACCUGACUUUCCUAGGUCUUGCUGUGAGCACCUUGUGUGGAGAGCUACCACUGUACUAUAUCUAGGACUCCUCAGGGUCGGUGGCCGCAUCGGGACAGGAAAGACCGGCAGCAAAGGGUCUUUUGCAGACAAGCAGGAAGCUGCUUCUGUUCAUGCCCGACAGGAGAGGGUAGAAGCCAGUAGAGGAAAGGUGUCUCCUACCGGCCAGGGGGCUCCAACCACAAAACAAUAAAGCAACCUGACUGAAAAACAAA